AUGUUUUUUUCUCUGCAGCUUCGCGUUGUGAAAGCGUUCCGCUCGUCACUAGAUGAUUUCGACGAGAGACGUUCAAUUGCAAGCACACAAUCGUGUAAUUCAAUGCGUGGUGCUGCAGGCGGUGGUGGAGUGGCACCAGGAGCUUGGUCAUACUUAUCUCUGGUUGCAACAAGCGGUGCGGGUCCGGGUGCAGGAGGCUCAUCACGGCUGAUAUCUGCUGCAGAUGGUAACAACUCGUCGACGAGUCCGGAUGCGAACCGAUCACGAGCUGCACUCGCUGCCUUGAUGCAGCGUUCGAGUGCACCACAGCCGUACCCGUAUUACCAUUAUCAACAACAACAUUCACCUUCAUCAUCCUCACCAAAUCCCAUUAAUGCUGCUGCAACGAACGCAGCUCCACUACCACCAGCAAUGCUCGUCGAUAGUCAAUGUAAUAGUAGUAGUACGACCACAGCUAGUUGCUGUAAUACUACCGCUGCAGGUGGUGCUGUCGAUGAAUUUGGCUUUUUACCGACAACCACGAUGAUGAAUACUCCUCGGGGUGGAUAUUCAACAGUAGCAGCAUCACGCUUAUCACCGUCAUGUGUACACACGAAUACAACCGUGAUAUCGUCAUCGAACAUAACGACGAGUGGUGCUGUUAAUCAGCUCACCUGUGCCACUCAACAACAAACACCUCCUACAACGAUUAGCUGCCAACAACAUCCACACCAGCAUCAGCCUCAGGCCCAUCCUCAUCCACAACAAAUUAAUGAUAAAAUUCAUGUCGAAAAGGUGCCACUUGUGCAACGGUGGAGUCCUAGUAGUGGCUCAACAUAUUCACAGCGUAUUGGAAAGAGUAUCUCAUUGGACACACCACUCUCAAUUGCUCAUGUGUGA